AUGCUGCUGUUAUAUGCGACAAUCUUUGUCGCCGGCCUAGUCGAAGCAACCGUAGGUCUAUUAUCUGCAAAUAACACACAGUUCGAUUGGACGACGAUUGAACCAACUGAAGACUUGCGCUACCAUGAUUGCUUCAAUGGGCUGCGUUGUGCGCGCCUCGAGGUGCCACUGGACUGGAAUAACCCCAAAGAUAACAGGACUGUCGCCAUCGCCAUCGCCACGCUUCCAGCCUCAGUACCGGUCGACCACCCCGACUAUGGCGGCACCAUUAUUUUGAACCCGGGUGGACCAGGCGAUCCUGGGGUCAAUCUCGUUCGCUUAUCCGGCCGCCAUUUGCAGAAAGUGAUUGACAACAACAAGAAGUAUGAGUAUCUGGGGUUCGACCCCCGCGGCUUGGGCAGCUCGACCCCUCAGGUGGAUUGCUUCGGGGGCGACAAGCUCGCAAGGAACGCCAACCAACAAGUGCUUCGGGGGCUAGGUCCCGUUGACUCCAGUGAAGACGCCUUACGACGUUUCCUAACGCUUUCCAAGGGAUUGGGUGCUGUGUGCGAGAACACGCUGGGCAAAACCAAUAUCCUGGAGCAUGUCACGACCGCCGCUGUCUGCCGCGACAUGGUCGAGAUUGUGGAUCGCGUUGAUGAGCUCCGGAAAAAGGAGACUGCGUUAAUUAAGCGCCGCAGAGGCGAGGAUGAGCAUAAAACUAGGUCGGAAGGGAAUCAAGUUGCUCGGAUUCAGUACUUGGGAUUCUCGUACGGCACCCUUCUCGGGAAUACGUUCGCGUCCAUGUUCCCCGGGCGUGUUGGGCGAAUGGUCCUCGACGGUGUUAUCUACGCUGAGGACUACAUGCAAGGGUUAUGGCAUCAUAACCUGGAUGACACGGAGGCCGUUGUCAACUAUUUCUACGACACAUGUUACAACGCUGGUGAUAGUUGCCCGCUCCGUACCUCCGAAGACGUGAAUGGUGCUAGCAUUAGAAGGCGUGUGGACCAACUCAUCACAGACCUGGACGCGGCGCCGGUAUACAACGCCCAGGGCACAAGCAUCGCAGCCGUUACUGGUCGUGAUAUUCGCGACAGCAUAUCGCAAGCCCUGUACAGGCCCAUCCUAGGUUUUCCGCCACUGGCACAAAUGGUUGCAGAUGCCUUUGAAGGUAACUUUACUUUGAUUGCAGAUACAGUCACUCCCGACGAUAUCCAGUCCGACUGUGCCGCCGGCAGUCAAGUCUUCAGCGGAGAAGUUGCCUACGCCGUCGUUUGUAGCGAUGCUGCUAGCAACCAAACUGAACAUGAUCUUGCCUACUACUCUAACGAGGUCGAGAAAUUCCUCAACCAAUCCAUCACUUUUGGGGCAAAAUGGGCCACUAUUCCCCUCCAGUGCGUGGGCUACCGUCUUCAGCCCAAUUAUCAAUUCCAUGGGCCCUGGGUUACACCCCCCGCAGACCCCAGUCUCAAGCCUGGCGUGCCGGCGGCACCACUUCUAUUUUUGACAAAUAAAAUAGAUCCAGUUACGCCUCCUAUGAAUGCAAAAGCUAUGUCAGCAGGGCAUCCUGGUUCGGCUGUGGUGAUUCAGGAUUCUGUCGGUCAUUGUGCCAUCCCAGCAGGUUGGAGCGACUGCACCAACCAGAUCCUGCGGGACUACUUUGAGUUCGGCACUGUUCCUCAAAAUGGUACUUUUUGUACAGCCUCUUGUAAACCAUGGCAAAAGAAUGACAAAGGGUGCAAUUUGCUGAGCUUUGAAAACAAUGGCGGCUGGUAA